AUGGAGAAUGAGCUCCGCAACAUGAGGAAGGAGGUGGACGAACUAAAAAGUGCUAUGAAGGACAAAAGCAAAAUGACCCUAGACGAAGUGAUUUGUAGGGCAUUCCCAACAACGCUGAAGGGAGCAGCUAGAGUAUGGUUCAGCAAGAUACCCCCAAGAACCAUUGCAGACUUUGAACAACUCAACAAGGGUUUUGUUCGUCAUUUCAUUGGGGGGCAAAGGCACAAAAAGCCAACUGGCUAUCUUAUCAACAUUCAGCAAGCCAAAGGAAAAUCACUAAGACAGUAUGUCACUCAGUUCAAUAAAGAGCUGCUGCAGGUAGACGACACUAAAGAUCAAGUCAUCCUAACAACCUUCCCAGUAGGAUUGCUACCAGGAGAUUUCUUUUUAUCAAUCACUAAAAGUCCACCAAAAAUAGUAGUAGAGUUGCUAUGUAAAGCUCAAAAAUACAUGAAUGCGGAGGACGCAAUGCUCGCAAAGGAGAUGAAAGGGAAAAGGAAGAGAGAUGAAGGAACAAAUAGCAAUCGGGAUAAGAAUAAGGAGACACGAAGUGGCGGACAGACCACAGGGAAAAAGAAGGAGCUUCCAGAUAAGAAACCCAAGUUUACCAACUUUACUCCUCUAAUAAUGCCAAUUGAGCGGGUCCUUAUGCAAAUAAAAGACGAUCCUUCCUUGCAAUGGCUGAAGCCAAUUAGCACUCAUGUAGAAAGAAGGGACAAGAACAAGUACUAUAGAUUCCAACAGGACCACGAGCAUCAUACUGACGAAUGUAGGCACUUUAAAGACCAGGUGGAACUUUAA